CCAUUUUAUUCUUAACCUGGGCACCCUGUAGGAAGCAAGAUGGCCGUCAGCUAGCCGUGCCGUCUGAACGGCAGCUUCGGCCCACAUUUACCUCUAAUUUUCGCCAAACUUUCCACCAACUUGAGCAUCACCAAUGACUAAGAAUGCAGCCGACGGUCCCCUAGACUAUCCAGGAAUGAUGAAGAGCGUGAAAAAGGAAAAAGGAGAGCGGGGAUUCGGGUCGGGAGCGGCCGGACAUAGUGGUGGCGGAGGGGGUGGUCUACAUGGCGCGGAGCUCCAAUUUCCCCCGCCUACGACAUUACUAGAUGGUACAAUCGUUACUACUGCCAAUGGAGACAAGGCCAUCCACAGUGGCCAUUUUAUGGUGUCCUACAUCCACAACUCCAAUGCAAGCAUCACCCCCGAGGACUCCAAUGAGUCCUCCCGCGCCCAAACCCCGAACCAGAUGUCGUCUCUGUCGCAGGGGGCAUUUCAAGAAGCCGACGAGAGGGAGGAAAAGACCCCCAGCCCUGGGUUCAACUUUGGCGCAGCAGCGAAGGAAGUCAUGGCGUCGUACCAGUUCGGCUUUCGAUCGUCCAAACAGCUCUCUAUCGAUGCCUCUCUAACCAAGCUGUUUGAGUGUAUGACACUGGCGUACAAUGGCAAGUUGGUGUCCCCCAAAUGGAAAACUUUCAAAGGACUGAAGCUGUUGUGGAAGGACAAGAUUCGCCUGAACAAUGCCAUCUGGAGAGCAUGGCACAUCCAAUAUAUCAACAACAAGUCUCCCUUGGUGUGCCAGUUUGUUGCAAAUCCGCUUGCGGACGACGCUCAUUCGCUCCCACAGGCAGUUGUGCUGGAAGGGAAAUACUGGAAGAGACGCAUGGAAACAGUCGUCAAAGAGUACAUGAAAUGGAGAGUGUACUACAAGAAGAAGACUGCCUUUUUCCAGCGCAUGAACUGUCCCACGGACGAGGACCUUCUGAAGUUGGACGCGUUGGACAUGCCACUGAACAUGCCCCCCUCCCACUACAUGGGGUGGACUCUGGACGACUUCUACUAUCUGCGUGAGAGACAGGAGCCAUGCCCCUGGUGGGAUGCCACAGGGGCUGGGAGGGAUGACUACACGCUCCUUCGAGAGAGACAGGAGCGUCAGAAGUCUCCUCAGAAGAAGGAAACGCCGCUGCCCUCGCCGUUUGUGCCCACCUUCUCGGAGGAGGAUGCCUGGAUGAUGGACUUCACGGACACGCUGUUCUCCAGUCUGGCGCAGCCGUUCGCCUUCCCCAAUCCCAAGGAAAUUGCUCAUCUGGGCAAUGCAGAUAUGAUCCAGCCAGGCCUGAUCCAGCUGCAGCCCAACCUGGAGGACUUCAUGGACACAUUUGAGCCCCUGCAAGACGAUGGGCUGGAAGAUAAUGAAUAUAUAGUGAGGAAUGCUGGUCUGGAGUUUGGUGGCAGCAGCAGCCACUUGCAUCUGGGCAGCGGCCUGGAGAUGGGACAGCGCAGUUCACAGGCACAGCAGCAGGAACAGCAGCCUAACAUAUCCAUACAGUUAGAUGUGGGGUCUCCCCAUGCAAUGCAUGCGAGUGAGAAGGCCUUUCUGCCUACCCUGAUGAACAAGGGUUACCAACAGAUGGGUUUUGGUGCCAAUGUUGUGCCACCUGAAGCUGGGUCGUCGGCCAGCUCCACUGUAAGCUCUCCACCGGUCCAGAAUCAGAUGUCUACGGACAGCAUGCAGUACCAGGGCAGGCCACAGACCGGGAUGUCAUAUGAGGAGUCCUCACCCAUUCAGAUGGACACCAACCAGACUUCGCUGGAAGAUGCCAUUUCGGUGCUGGCCCAAAACACCAGACCUACGCAGCUGCCGCGCAUCCACAGCAGCCAGCCAGCGACCAUAUCCUCUUCAAACCAGCAGGUCAACCAGGUCAUCGCCGCGCCAACGCCCAUCACGCCGUCCUCCACCUCCCAUCAACAGGCUGCCAGCAUGCUGCCCAUGUACCAGUCCCAGCCCACCAUCCCAGUCAUGCCCAGCACACAGACGGCCUUCCAGACUCCCACCUCCUCUGCACAGCCUAACAUGGCUACCUAUGGCUUCCCUCAGCAACAACAGCAGCAGAAGGCACAGACUAUCCAGGUGCAACAGCAGAUGGUCUCACAAGCGAACUUCGGAGGCUUCACCACCGUCAGCACCCUGCCGGGGAGCUCUUUCAUGGAGACGGACGAUCAACAACAACAACAACAAAAACCUGCGCCCACUAGGAGUAGAACCACACCCAAGCAGUAUCCGCUGGCACCCAAGCCUGCCCCGUCAGCCACCAUUACACAGGCACAGAUCUCCAAGCAGGGGGCGCUGGGUUUUACCCAGAAUGCCAUGCAGGUGGCGUUUACCCAAGAUUCACUGCAGCCUGCAGGGAGCGGCAAUACAGUCCAGUUCAUCAAGCCGAAAGGCCUGAGCCCCAUCGCCCCCAAGCCCAGCACGACGGCUUCACAGACUGCUACCAUCCUCACGGCCUCGCCCCAGGGGGUGGGGGGCUCUGGGGACAAGACCCAUACCGUGUCUGUACAGAACACCUUCCUGGCACAGCUGCUGACUGGGGGUUCAGGAUCGUUUACCACCCAGGGUAUCCAGCCAUGCACCUCUGCCGGGACCUCCACCAUGUCCAACCAAGUGUUCCUUACCUCGUCUGCCAUCAAACCCGACACAUCUCUACUCAACACUGUCGUCACUCCCUCCACAUCACAGGGCUUCGUUCUGGCUGCAAACCCCUCACAACUCGCACAGUCUCCCCAGCCUCCAUCUGCUACCUACAAGGAGAAAGUUGCCGGGGUAACCGAUUUCCAGAGCAGCGUCCUGGUAGCAGCGGCUGCACAGGCCGGUAAGGUGGGGCUGUCCGGACUGACAGCCACAAAAGUGGAGAGGAAAUCACCGCCAGUGGCAUGCAGCACUCCUAUCAAGCCAGCAUCCACUCCGAACUCCCCUUCAGCAGCCAGCCCUAUCACUACAGAAGACAGUCCUGGCCACAACUCUGAGACACAGCCGUCUCCGUGGAUUAUAAUCAAAAAGCUGGAGGAUUUCAAACCCAACCAUUUUUCAGAAGAGAGAUACACCACGAGGGGUGUGCAUAUAGAUGGCAUGGACUGGUCCCCUGCACAUUCUCCAGGGAAAACCCCCUCCAAGCUGAGGAGUUCUCACGAGAAGUCAUACAAGGGAGGUUCUGACCAGAGAAGAGCCAUCCACAUCUCAGCAGAACAGAAGAGGAGGUUUAACAUCAAGGUCGGCUUCGACACGCUGCACACACUCAUCCCCACCCUCAGCUCCCAGGGGAAUGUCAAGAUAAGUAAAGCAGCCAUGCUGCAGAAAACGGUGGACUACACAAAGAAGUUACAGGCAGAGAGACAACAAAUGUUAGAGGAGGCCAGAGUUCUCAAACAGGAGAUAGAAGAGCUCAACAGUGCCAUAUCUAACUGUCAGGCACAGCUUCCCGCCACGGGGGCGCCCGUCACCAGACAACGCAGCGAUCACAUGAAGGAAAUGUUCGACGAUUACGUCAGAACGAGAACGUCACAAAACUGGAAAUUUUGGAUUUUCAGUUUAAUUAUCCGUCCCCUGUUUGAGACGUACAACGCAGCUGUGUCCACGGGUAGCAUGGAGGACUUCUGCAGGACAGUGUUGUCAUGGCUAGAUGAACACUGUUCCCUACCUGCUCUUAGACCCACGGUUUUGAACUCCUUGAGACAGUUGAGUAUGACGACCUCCAUCCUGUCGGAUCCGUCCUUGUUGUCCGAGCAGGCGCUGCAAGCUGUCUCUUCCAAAAAGUCAAGUGAGAGCCAUUAGUUGCAGUUCCGGUUGGAGUCAACAGGGGGUGCUGUUGAGAAUGCAAACUACCCGCAAGCCAUUUUUGACAUCCUUGGUCUUUGGCAGAAAAUGUAUUCACAAAACUAGAGUUUUACAGAGCUCGUUUACUAGUGAUAAAAGUGUCAUUUGAUGUCUACUAUUCUUUGAGAUUGUAUGGCAAUGAUACAGUAGACUCAAUUAAACAAAAGCUAUUGGAAUACUUUGCUCGAAGUUUGCAUUCUCAAUAUUUGUACAGAUCUUCUACUAGUUAAAAUGAUAAUAGCUUUGGUUAAUUCUGUUCUGUUGAGGGAAUUGAGAGAAGUUGUCUAUUUUUAAUACCUGGUCUUCUAUGAUUUUGAGGGCAAGAACUACAUUCCCUUUGAGUGGAAGGGAAACAAAACACUCAAAACUGUUUUUGAUAGAGAGAAAAAUGCCCCAAAUGUGGCUAUUGUGUACCAUACAAUGGUAGAUCAAACCGAUAGCAAACUACCAAAAAUGUUUGCAUCACUGCAAAUUGUUUCAAGCAAGAAAGAAAAUGUUUCACAAAAUCGUUGUAAAUGCUUUCUAAUCUAACACACAAUAAACAAAAAAAUGAGAUCAGGAAGUAAAUGAAGAGAUCCAAAAUCUUUCAUAAUAAGCCAGUUCACUGUUUGAACUGUGCAUGUGCAAGGUCAAAGGUCAAAGCCCCUAACUUGUAAACAGUUCUUGUUUAGACCAUGCUCGAUACAUGACCAGAUGUGUUUUGUUUAUGUCUUAGGGGCCUUUAACUUUGACAUAUUACCUACAGUGCAUCACACUUGACUAGUGCAGUCCAAAUCAACCAUGAAAAUUCUCUGACCUAUAUUGUAUUGUUCUGGGUAAGAUUUUUCUUUUUUCUGAACUUCUUGAAACCUAAAUCAAGCCAGACUAACACAGUCUUCAGUUGUUCAUUUAAGAGUUUGUUGGUUGAGUUUGUGGCACUCUUACGAUAUAUGAUAACAUGAUAUAAUAAUGUAUGGUUUGACGUGUCUUCAUGAACAUAUGUCAUUAAUGUGUACAUAAUGAUGGUUUGAAAAAGGAUGAAGAGUUGGUAUGUGACAUAUCUUGAGUAUGGUAUAUUGCAGUGUGGGAAAUGCAUUAAACAAUUAUAAUAUGCUGCCAAAAAAGAAAGCAAGAAGAUAAUUUUCUUGACAAAAACAUGGCAUGACUACAUGCUUUUGACUACUAAAAUAAUGGUACAAACUGUAUGUGGUGGUUGAUGUCAUUGGUUCAUAUUGGACAUAGGGAGUGAUUGCUAUAGUAGGUAUGUACAAGAAACAAAGAGAUGUUUUUGAGUUAAUGGUUGAUGGAGAAUCAGAAAGGUACACGUGGGAUACAGUUCACGGAGGCAGGAAGAAAAUUUUAUUUUCACAGCGACGUCUCAAAUUCUUGACAAUGCAUUUCUGAUGUAUAAAUACCAUACUACAGUAUGAUUCAACCAAGAAAUUAUAACACCAAAAUUAAGUCCUCGCGAAAAUGAAUGAAUUUACAGUAGACAAAUAGCGACAGUAGGAUAUUGUCAAAAUUGUUAGUAACUUACCCAAAGUCACCCGUGCCAAGGUUUCUACAUCUUGUGUAACUGUUUUUCUGAAGUGGUUAUCUCACUGGGCGUGUAAGCAACAAAUUAUGGUUUUACCUUGACCUGAAAUGCCCGGGUAAAAUACGUGACCACGAAAAAACAAAAUGGCUGCGAUGGGCUGGCACAUCUUCAGUUUGGGCCCCAAAUUGGUUACAAGAUUAAUUGUAUUGGAAAUUGCAUUGUUGCUCCUGAAUCACAAACCAAUGUACAUCAGAAAGAGAUGUGCCAUGAUCACACUUGUUAACACCCCUUCUUGACAUUUUGCCAAUUGUGAUUUUUUAAAUUUUGAUAGAAAGUUGCCAUCUCGGACAACCAACUGGCAGCUUUUGGCCACGAAUUGGCGAUGUGUGGGUGACCCAGUGACACGCAUGUCCCAGUGAGAUAGGUUUCAGCUUCCCUAAAGGUCUAGUUGUAGAGUAUAAUGAUGAAGAGUAUUUUUCAGGUGUAUGUACAUGUAUUAAGUGUAUGUGAAUGCAUUCAAUAUCAUAAAGACAAAAGAAGGCAUUUUGAAAAUGAAAGUAUGUAAGAGAAUUUCCUAACGAUGAUUUGAGUUAACCUGCUGUAACAUACCUACCCAACCUUACCAUCCACAACCAAGAGAAGAUGAACUAUUUUUAUUUUCAAAGAUCAGAACGUUUUGCUAUCAAUGGCAGAAGGGAAUAAAGUGAUCUAUGAAAGUCUCAAA